UCCAACCAGAAACCUUCCGAUAAGGAACAUCGUUUCAAAACUACAAAAAAUAAUUGACUUAUUUGCCUAGUCACAAUCAUAUUUAAAAUGUUUAUAAUAUGAAAGGAAUGUUCCGUGUUGUUAAUUUCGUAACGUUAUUUUCUAAACAAGUCGAUACUAAACAAUAGCAGUAGUUAUAACUAUACGAUGAAUAAUAACUACUGCGUAUAAAAUCGUUGAUAAAAUCCAUUUUAUUUUAUUCCACGUCUGAUAUCGUUGUAUAGUUGAACCACGCAUAUUUAUAUCUUACACAGAAAAACAUAACAUAAAGUAACUUUCGGCAGACUGGUAGCUACUGCAGCCCCGUUCAAAUUAUUGUGGGUUUAAAACUUCCGUGAUCAAGCAACACUAAUAAUUUAGGAAAAACUAUUUGUGUGCCUUCGGAAAUUAUUGUUUAAGUGAAAAGGUGACAAAGAUACCUUAGUGGAGACGAUGGAGGGAUCUAUCGUUGCUGUAUGGAUUUUGAUGUUCUCUUUACACUCGAUAUCGGCCACCUCACAAUCUACCGACGAACUAACCCAAAUACUGUCUCAAUAUCGGACUAAAGCUAAAGUAUUUAAAGUCCCCAAAGUAUAUAAAGUCCCUUCCCUAGUCACAGUGAAACUUGAUAACAUGUUAAAACCUGGUGAUCUAAAUGCCACGGCAACUUCAAGACGAAAGACGAUUACUGUUACAAAGAGACCAUCAAAAUUUAAAGAAUAUAAUAAACAUGUCGUCUUUGAAGUUCUCAAACCGAUACUUAAAAAGAUAAAUGAUGAGAAUAGUAAAAGGAAGAAAGGUAAAUUAAAUCCAUAUUUAACUAUAUCUGCUUCAGAUUUAGUUCAAAUGAUCAUGUCAAGGAAUAAUCCAGUAAACCAAUCUGGCAAAGUUAAACCAGUUAAAAUUGAUAAUAAAGUAUUUAAAAGCUCGGUUGCCAAACCUCAAAAGAUAAUGAAGGAUAUAAAAUCUACGACAGCGCAAAAUCUAGUGCAAAUGCCCAAGUCAAGAUUAGUCAGAUCUGCCAAACUAAAGGAUUAUAUCAUCAAUAAUAGAAUAGACGAAAAGGAUAAAAGCAAAAGCAGAGAUUUAGUCUUAGAAUCAGUCAGUCAGCUAAUAGAAAAUGAGAAGUUCAGACAACGAUUCGACUUAGUAAAUCCUCCAAAUUCACAAUUUAGUAAAAGGCAGCAAUUAUUAUGGGAAAGAAUAAGAAUAAAGGCAGCUGAAGAGUUACUUUUACACCCAAAACCUCUUCCUCAGAGGGCUACAGAGAGGAUUUAUGAUUCUUUGAAGAUGGAUUUGGAGUUGGCGACACCAGAACCGACGGAGGGACCGGGGCUGUUCAAGGAGUUUAAGAGUAGAAUUGAAAAGCAAUAUUAUCUUGAUUGGCUUGACCGUGGAAAGAAAAGAGUCAUGAUUAGUACUUUGAAGCCUUAUUAUUAGUCAAAAUUAAAUCCUGAUAUACCUGAAUGUAUUUAUUUGGGCCAUUCUAGUUAAAGUACACUUCACUAUUUUUUUGCGUUCCGUACCCAAAGGGUAAAAAGCGGAACCCUAUUACUAGGACUCCAUUGUCCGUCUGUCUGUCUGUCACCGGGCUGUAUCUUAUGAAUCGUGAUAUAGAUAUCAGUUGAAAUUUUCACAGAUGAUGUAUGUCUGUUGCCGCUUUAACAAUACUAAUAAAUCGGCCAAGAGCAUAUCGGGCCAUGCUCAGAGUAGGGUUCCGUAGUUACUUUUCCGUCAUAAUAAGCUAAACUGGAGCUUAAAGUAUAGGAGAUUAUUAACCAAGGUAUGAACUGUGGAUAGUAUGUCUUUUUACUAUGAAGGGGAAACUUUUUGCGAUAACUCAAAAACAGCUAAACUGAUCAUGUCCGCUAUAGUUUUCAUUUAAUGUCUUUCUUAAGCUCUACUUUCACGAUUUUUUCAUAUUUUUUUGACCUAUGGUUCAAAAGUUAGAGGGGGGGGGCACAUUUUUUUUUCUUUCGGAGCGAUCAUCUCCGAAUAUAUUCUUUUUAUCAAAAAAUGUUUGUUGAAGACCCCUAUUAGUUUUGAAAGACCUUUCAAACGAUAUCCCACACUGUAGGGUUGAAGCAAAAAAAAAAUUCACCCCCACUUUACGCGUAGGGGAGGCACACUAAAAAAAAAAUUAGAUUUUAUUCUACGACUUUGUCGGCUUUAUUGAUUUAUAUAUACAUGUCAAAUUUCAGCUUUCUAGCACUAACGACCACGGAGCAAAGCCUCGGACAGACAUACAGACGGACAUGGCGAAACUAGUCCUAGUUGACUACGGAACCCUAAAAACGGAUCUGUUCCCAGCUCCCAUACAACAAACGUGAUUUUUUUUACCGUUUUUUUCGUAAUGGUACGGAACCCUUCAUGCGCAAGUCCAACUAGCUCUCCUAUAAGGAUAGAAAGAUAAACAUAAGAAUUUAGAAAUUUAAAAAGUGUAUUGUACAAUUUAACCUUUUGAACGCCAAGAACAGGCGUCGUAACUAAUCGUGCCCACAGCGCCAAGGACAACUAUAGGUGUUAUGGCGGACGCUGUCAAAGUAACCUUCACACUUUGGAGUAAGGUUUACAUUAGCUCCCUUGCGCCCGGGAGCUUGGCGUUUGAGUGAUGUUUGUGUUUAUGACAUAAAGCGUUUAUAGUAUUUUAUGCAACAGUUGUAUAAGAAGGGUCAAAAAAGGCGAGUGGCGUGAGUUACAAUGUGAGCCGGAGCCGAAGGCGUAGGCGAACAUUGUAAAGGAAUACGCCACGAGAAUUUUUUGACCUACUUAUACAACGUUGCAUACAAUAUUUUUCCUACGAGUCUACAAAAAUAAAUCUUAAUUUAGGUAAACAAAUUACAGCAAAAGUAUAUAGCCAAGAUGCGCGAGCAUACCUUGUUACGCGCCCGGCCCGCCCCGGGCCGCGGCCGGCCGGUCGGCGACACCUCCUCGUAACUCAUGAGGCCCUGGUACUUGCUAGUUGCUAAAUUAAUUUUUUGGACAGUUUUUUCUCAAUUUUGGCCACCGUAGCCUACGGAGACUAACAAGCAACGCUAAGCGGUCUUCGUAGUCUAUGGGUGUUGCUAUAUUACGGGUGUCACAUGCGUGUUUCUGACUUAUGAAGUAAUUAUUUUUACUAUGCAACCAAAUGAAUAUUUUGUAAGUUUGUUAGGUUGGUAGCCAUUAAUCGCAGUAACGUUAUAGCUUAUAAAAGCACAAGAGCUUUUAUGAGGAAUAGACAAUAUAGACUUUUCUUGAAACCUUUUAUGUAUGUUCUUAUAUUCGUGUUAGUGAAUGCAUAAAUGACAGAUAACAGUAGAGGAGUAGGAAAAAGGGUUAAAAAUAGAAUGGCCCAUUUCUGACUUGACAGUUUGACAGAAGAGUCUUCUAGAACAGUUGACUGGUUGAGGCCAUAUAGCAAUAAGCUUUUGUAUAUACAAUAAACUUCCCUUCAGAAUCUUCAUAA